CUUCCUCGUAGGGUUUUCCCCUUUUUCCUCGAUUGCAGCGUUUGCUUCCUUCUCUUGAUCUCUGUGUACGACGUCCGCGUCUCGCUCGGUUGAAUCCAGAUCUGCAGCUCCUUGCCAAAGAAAAAUCUCUGUUCGAUUGAUCGCUUACUCGAUCGAUCAAUCAAUCAAUCUGAUCCUAUUCUGGCGUUAGGGAUUUCAUCGCUGUUCAAGUGAAGAAAAUGGCGCAGCAGUCGUUGAUCUACAGCUUCGUCGCUCGCGGAACUGUGAUCCUCUCCGAAUUCACGGAGUUCAAAGGCAAUUUCACCUCCAUCGCUGCACAGUGUCUCCAGAAGCUCCCGUCUUCGAACAAUAAGUUCACCUACAACUGCGACGGCCACACCUUCAAUUACCUAGUCGAAAAUGGAUUCACCUAUUGUGUUGUUGCGGCUGACUCUGUUGGGAGGCAGAUUCCGAUGGCCUUUUUGGAACGAGUUAAGGAGGAUUUUAACAAGAGAUAUGGUGGAGGGAAGGCUGCAACUGCUCAAGCAAACAGCUUGAAUAAAGAGUUUGGCUCUAAACUGAAAGAGCACAUGCAGUAUUGCAUGGAUCAUCCUGAAGAGAUUAGCAAGCUUGCUAAGGUGAAGGCCCAAGUGUCUGAGGUUAAGGGCGUAAUGAUGGAAAACAUCGAGAAGGUUCUUGAUCGUGGUGAGAAAAUCGAGCUUUUGGUGGACAAAACUGAGAACCUUCGCUCACAGGCACAAGAUUUCAGGACACAAGGAACUCAGAUGAGGAGAAAGAUGUGGCUUCAAAACAUGAAGAUAAAGCUCAUAGUCCUCGGCAUCAUCAUCGCCUUGAUCCUCAUCAUCGUCUUGUCAGUUUGCCAUGGUUUCAAGUGUACUUAAUCUGGGAACUUCCUCGGGUUAUAUCUCAGGCUCUCAGCCCUAUACUUACUCGGGUAAAUCGUGCUUUCCUUUUUUCUUUUAUGGCGCCAUCCUCAUUUCAUGUGUCUGAUAGUAGUGUACGUCGUCCUGAACCGGUUUUGUAUAGGCGAUAUGUAUAUACAAUAUAAAAUCUAUGCAUUGUACAACAUAGAUUCGCUUCUCACAUUCA